CGAUAACAUCUACCACCUGACCCCCCCCUGAGUAAUACCGCUCAUAGGAGGGACUUACUAUACUUCCUCCGAAUCUCACAACUUGAGYGGCAGCCAUGGCCGGGGCAGCUGCCAGUGCCUCAGGCACUUUUCCCACUCACUCUGACACGAGCGAUGCCGAACUCCGAAAACGGACCGAUAUGAUGGAAGGCUGGUACUUGAACCACGUCUCUCAAGACGUGUCCGACUAUGUUGAGACCACAGUGAAUGAAGAAGAAGAUUGCAUUGAGAUCCGACCAAAGGACAACAUUCAAAUGGUGCAGAACGAAUUCCUCAAGAAGAUGUUGGUAACAAUCGUCUUUCAAGGGGAGACCAAGAACUGGUCUAACGAUAAGAAAGUCGACUUGAUCCGCUAUCUUGAGGAAUCAGUUCUAACGGAAGAAGAACUAACCUCUCAGAAGGGUGUUGCACACAUGGAAGGCAGGGGCCAAAUGACAUAUAUUGCAAAGAAUUUUAAGGUGGUUGAUUGGUUGUUGAAUAUCAAAAAGGAAAUGCAAUUCAAGGAGGGCACGAAAUGGAACUACGUGUACUUCCGUCCAUGGCUACCCCGUGCUGAAUGGCAGAGGAAAAGGGAAGAAGAUAAAAAGAAAAAUUAUUGGGUCAUGGCCAUGCGUUUCCCCAUUGCCGCGUCGAUGUUCAUCAAAAUGGGCAUCGAGACGGUAAUGGGGAAGGUGGUCAAGGAAUUUGAUCCGGUUGGUGAUUUGGAGGACCCCAAAUUGGGAAACCUGAAGUAUCAGCUGCAUCCCAGCGCCGAGGAGUGUUUCAGAUCACGCCUGAAGGUUUGGACUGGACAGGACUAUCUGAUGGCAGAUCUGGUGAACUCCAACACACCAUGGUGCUCUAACUGCAAAAAGCAUGGGCACAAAACAGAGGACUGCCCGUACUGUUAUGUAUGUUUUAAGUACGGCCAUGGAACCGAAGACUGUCGAUCAGAUCCGGAAAACAGGCAGAAGAACGGRCCACAACCCACUCGCCCUGGUACACCSRGAUACACCCCCUCMUCACRUGGGUUUAACUCAGGCUUUGGCAAAGGCAGAAACAGMUGGGAUACCUCACCACACAUGGGAGGCGCGGAACAACGUCCCACGGGCAGAAAACAGAAUCCACGGUGGGAAACGAGCCCAACAUUCAAGGCCCCACUGCAGCAAGCCGGCUGGUGGGCCAAUGAUCGUCAUGCAGCAGAGAAGGGCAAAGGCCUGUCUCAGGGCCAUCUCAAAUGGCGCGCAACCGGUGAACUCCCUGGUGGCCCGCCAGGCCCCACCCUGUUUGGACAAGGCCUGCAGCCACUGGGCGGAGCCCCCUACCAACAAUUGGCCAGACCGGGAGCCAAACCUCUUUUGGCCAUCAAGGCCGCUGGGGAACAGACCACAACCACUGAAGAGCCAGGAACUUCCUCCUCAGUCCCGACUCAGCAAGAACAUGCGCAGAAACUAACAGCGGGGGGUUCUCCGCCAAAACAAGCACUGAAGAAGAAAAGAACUGAGGACCUCAAAAUGGCAAACGUGGCACAACCCACCACACCGCUGCCACAAUGGGUUGGUCCUGUGGCUCCCCUCACACAGCAUGACACUCCCUUUGUCCUGGCUCCGCUUAUUUUUAAGCAGACCAAUCAAAGCACCAUGCUGCUCUUGCAGCAGAAGGAGGAUGACAGUCUGUACCUACUAUCUCUCACUUCCUUCACCUUCCCUCAGCCUGAGAAUUUUCUCCAGGCAGCAAGGAAGACCUUGGACAACAAGUACUUCGUGAGACAGGUACCAGCAAUCCCCGGAGCCUCAACCUAUAGGAAAGGUCACUUAGGUACGUCCCAUCCUAUAGUGUCCCUAUGUUUGGAAGCCGCAAUUGGACCCAAUGUCGACCCAAAGAUCGCAGAUGAAGGGCUGCUUUGGGCACCUAUGUCCUGGUUCAGGAAAAACAACAAGAAGGAGAAAUUUUAUCCUUCACUGGGCGAUGGAAUCUCAGGAGAUAUUAUCGCAGAGCUUGACGGUAACCUGCCCAAGGAACGUUCUCUCUCCUCCAAGUAUAUCCUUAGCACCCUUGGUUCAGGAAUCAGGCACAGACCCGCUGGGACACUGGGCCUGGACCUCCCUGGAGAUAGACCAUAAGAUAUGGCUAUUCAUGUCAGUAUAUGUUCCAUCAGAGCACUCACAAAAGACUCAGUUCAUUGCUGAACUGGGGGCGAAAAUUCCUAAGGCAGACUUUGUGAUCAUUGGGGGGGACUGGAACACAGUCCCCAACUAAGUCAUAGACUCCACUACGCCCCUUUCUCACCCAGGAGAAUCAGCCACUCUGAAUGAUUUUAUGAUAGAUUGGAGCUUAUUCGACCCCUUCCGAUCCAUGCAUCCGGACACAAGGGUAUACACAUGGACAUCCUCUACACAUAAUGAGGACAUGACACUCACGAAAAGACGUCUGGAUUUCUUUCUAACAAACGAGGCUGUAAUCC